AUGCAGCUUGUGUACAAAUUAUUCUGCUUAACACUCACAUUUGCACAACUCCUUGCAAAAAGGACUAAUUAUGAUGAGUUGACAGCCAGAAAACUGUUAAAUAUGGCUGCGGGAGCAUACGGAGAACAAAAGGAGAAAUGUCUAAAUAGAACUUUUCCAGCACAUGAAACUCACGUUCUCGUGAAUUACAUGGAAGGAAACUGCGACGAUGGGGACAACUUGUGCGGAUGCUACGUAAACAGGUACUUUCUAAACGGUCAUCAAGUGAUGUGGGAGUUUUUGAGAGAUGUGCUCAAAGAUCCAGCGUAUGAGGGCUACAAACUCAUAUUCACCGGCCACUCACUUGGAGGAGCUCUUGCGGUUUUGGCAGCAGCACGAACAGUAAAAGAAGGGUAUCGACCGGGUAAUGAGAUCACAAUCUAUACAUUUGGUGAACCUCGAGUAGGUGAUCUAAGAUUUGCUGAAAGCUUUGACCAAAUAAUACCAGACAGCUAUCGUGUCGUAUUCCGACGUGACUGCGUACCUCAUCUGCCAGCAUGCUUCAAGAACAUGAGCUGGACCGGCGACGAUGAAGCUAGCAGACCAUGUGACCGCGAUAAAUUGCAUAGACCGUACCAUCAUAGUACGGAGAUUUGGUAUCCAGCCUCAAUGGAACCUGCAUCUGACUACAUCGAAUGUGUAGAUGAACCCAAAGGAGAAGACUUAAAUUGCUCGGAUAUGAUCAACUUCCGAUUAGAUGAGUACAGCAGCUACAUAUGGGAUCACCAACACUACUUUGGCGUUUGGGUUUAUCAAUAUGGGGAAUCAGGAUGCAAUAUAACACUACCAGAAACAAAACCCGGUCUCUUCCAGAAAUUUAUGUGCUUGAUCAGUCCAAACCCAGACUGUGAAGAAGAUGAGACGACAGGUGACAAUCGCAUCGAAGUUGUACCAGUCGCAUAUCUAAAUGCUCUACCGUCCACUACCACCGAGGAGACUACUACCAAACGUUCGUCAUCAUUUGGGAAUUUUCUCCCACUUGUCCUCAGUAUCAUAGGGUCUUUGUUUGGAGGCAUUUGAUGACUCGAUGUUCCAAUUUUUCUAUUGCUCCCUUUUUAUCACCUUUGAUUUGACAUUCUUUUUUGAGACAACUUCCGAGAACCAAACCGCUAACUAGUGACCUGUGACCCCUUACGUGUUGCUUAAGAUCUUUUUUUCCUUGACCAUGAACUUGACUAACUCUUUGCUAUGCUAUCUCCCUCCACAUUCUUCCAAACCACUAGUCGGAUGGUCGCUUUUUUCCAUAAAUGCAGUGAUUACCUUAACAGUAGCAAUCGUGAUGAAUAAUCUUGUUUGAUAGCGCUAUGUAGACAUUUAUAGAUUUAUUGUCCUAUACAUUAGGAGGUGUGUUCGUAAGGAAAUACUAAAUUAUGCGCAUGAUGAGGCAGGUUGUCAUCCACUCCAUUUUCGAAACCUGCAGACCAUUUAUUUCAUCCUUGCACUUAUCGUGAAAAUGAAC